AUGUCGACUCAGACUGACAACCAUCAAUUUCUGAUCCAUUACUUUCAAGAUAGUUUGACUGGUGCUGCUAUGAAAUGGUAUAUGGGACUCGAUAGUACUCAGAUCCGAACGUUCAAUGAUCUAGGUGAGGCUUUUGUUUGCCAGUACAAAUACAAUGUUGACAUGGCACUAGACAGGGAUCAACUAAGUGCUAUGUCCCGAAAAGAUAAAGAAACUUUCAAGGAAUACGCGCAGAGGUGGCGCAAGAUUGCUGCACAUGUUAGUUUUCUGUUGGAAGAAAAGGAAAUGAAAAAACUAUUUUUGAAGAUGUUGAGUCCGUUCUACCAUGACCAGAUGGUUGCAAGUGCGCCUAGUGACUUUAUUAAAAUGGUAAAUAUGGGCUUGAGAUUAGAAGAAGGAGUCCGUGAAGGAAGAUUGAAAGAAAAUGGUUCAGCUGAGAGUUCUAGGAAGUAUGGAAAUGGGUUACCCAAGAAGAAAGAAUAUAAUUCUAACGAUAUCUUGCAAGAGAAGCGUAUGAGGAUUCCGAUGAAUAGUCCAUGUCAUCAACAUAUAGUGUCUGUAACUCUAGUGAUUAAUUUUGCUCCAGUUGUUCAAUUAUUUCCUGCUUUAAUUGAGAAGAACUUGGUACAAACAAGAACUCCACCAGCUGUUCCGAAAGAGCCUAUGUGGUGGUAUAAACCUGACCAACAUUGUGCAUUCCACCAAGGAACACUUGGCCAUGAUAUUGAGAAUUGUUUCUCUUUGAAAGCUGAGGUGAGAUGGUUAAUGCAAAGUGGUAUCUUGUCAUUUGAAGAUUCUAGUCCCAAUAUACAAGAUAAUAUGUUACCCAAACAUGGAAAUGCAGUUCUGAAUCUGGUAGAAGGAUGUCCAGGAAAAGAUCCUCAAGGAUGUGUUUUUGUAAGAGACUUACAAGAAAUGUUGGAUCAAAACCUUAUUCAGAAGACUGUUGUUUCUCCGUUGGUUAUUUGUUUGGCGGGUCCUACGCCUUAUGAGUCUGAUAAAGUUGUACCUUACAAGUAUAAUGCUACCAUGGUAGAAGACGGUAAAGAGGUGUUUAUUCCUGCUUUCCCGUCCGUUGUGAACAUCGUCGAUGUAAGUAGUGUGACUCGAAGUGGUCGGGUAUUUGUUGUUGCGGCUCCUAAGAGGACUGAAGAUGUGGUGAUAGAGAAAUUAACUCCAGAGAAAACUCUUGUCAUGCAAACCGGACAAUCCAGCAGUGUGAAUCAAAAUGUUGAUCAAGAUGAAAUGCUGAAAUUAAUCAAGAAGAGUGUUUUCAAUAUGGUGGACCAGUUGUUGCACACUCCGUCUGUAAGACCCUAA